AUGUACGAACGAGUGAUCCUUCGAACCCUCAGCAACAAGUAUGGCCUCGGCGCCCAGAAGGCCGCCGUGGUGCUGCUGGUCGACAUUCUCGAGGACCCAUCGAUUGUGCCCAAUCCUGAUGACAUUCCCGAAGCCCUCGACCGGAUCGUCCAGGCGUAUCUCCAGGCACAUGGCGACGGAUCGCACAUUUUGGAACAUGGGUUGCUGCAAGAGGUCAUUGACUCGCUACUGCGGAAGAAUGCCGUUCAUGCGUCCCUCGAUGCCCCGGGGGUGCGGGUGGCCGGGGGCAUGGCUGGCGAUAUCGGAGCUUACUUCAAGACGAUGGACGCUUUCGAGAUCCCAAAGUGGGAAUACCGGGCCGAUCAGAAGCACUUUGUGAGGGUUCAAGAGCAUCUGCAUGCAUUCGGACCCGCCCGAACCUUGACGACGUCGUUUCGAGACCGAUUCGACCUGAUCAAGCAGAAAACACUCCGGUGUGAGAAGUACAGCCCAAUGUCGCUCUCGCUUGGCAACAGGAACAAAACCAAGAUCACAUCGAUCAAGAACCUUAUUGGCCGGAGUGGCGAACGAUUCACGCUGCUGGGGAUGCUGACACGGAUGGAAGAGGGCAAGCACCAUCUGGAGGACCCUGACGGAUAUGUCGAGCUCGAGCUCGAUGAGAAUAUCCGGUACGGGCCGGGGCUGUUCACCGAAACGUUGUUUGUCAUCGUGGAAGGCACCCUGGUGACGAACCAAAAGUUCCGGGCAGCCUCAAUCGAGCUUCCGCCUUGUGAAGAUCGAGACAAAACACUCUCUGCAUACGGCAACAAUGUCGAUUUUUUCGGGAAUGGUUCGGACACCGAAGACAAGGCAUCCUUGCUCAACAUCGAGAGGAGUUUGGACGACGUGUUCUUUGUGAUUCUCUCGGACCUGCACCUGGAUCAGCCACGGGUCACCGCCAAGUUUCGGGAGAUCCUCCACGGCUAUUCCGAAGCCACUUUCCCUUUGGCCUUCAUUUUGCUGGGAAACUUUUCAUCCACGGCGUAUCUAUUCAACGGAAAGGAUCCACAAAAGUACAAAGAAAACUGGAACACCUUCUGCGAUCUUGUAUGCGAGUUCCCCGAGGUUGCGCGGUCCUGCCACUUUGUAUUCGUCCCGGGCCCGCACGAUCCCUGGUCGCCUGAUGUGCUUCCGCGGCCAAAGAUUCCAGACACAUUCACCGAGCGUGUCCGCGCGAGAAUUCCAAAGGCGGUGUUUAUGAGCAACCCCUGCAGGAUCAAGUACUGCUCGCAGGAGAUUGUUGUGUUUCGGGAGGAUUUGAUCAACAAGCUCAAGCGCAACAGUAUCACCCGGUCCGUCGACGAGACCGAGUUGACUCUCCAGAACCAGGUGGUGCGGUCAAUCAUCCAUCAAAGCCACCUGUGUCCUCUGCCGCGAAACGUCCAGCCGACGCUGUGGGCAUUCGACCAUGCCUUGCGUAUUUACCCCUCACCGCACCUGGUUGUGCUGGCGGACUCGUUCGACAAGUAUGCGGAGACAUACGACGGGUGCCAGGUGGUCAAUCCGGGAUCGUUCCCGUCCAUGUUUGGCUUCAGCGUCUACAACCCAUCGACAUACUUGGUUGAAGAAAGCAGCGUCGAGUAG